UAUGUACAAAGUAGAACUGGUAGAUUCAUCAGAAUUUAAAGAUCGUUCUAAAUACUAUAAACACCUAUUGAAAAGAUAUUGUUAAUGGAGUGUAUUGAAGUACUUGGUGUAUAGUAUAUUAUGGUUGAUUGGUGGAAGAGUAAGAUUGAUAAUAUAAUAUGAGAGAUAUCAAUAGUAUAUUCUAUACAAGGAUUGUAUGUAAUAGUGACAGGAUUUGUGCUAAUAUUCUCUAAUUUGGGAACAAGAGAGAAAGGAUCAUUAAGUGCAUACAGCAUAUUUAAUAAAGGAUAUAAGAAAUUAAUGGGAUAGAUGACUGAAGAAGAUGUAGCUAAUAUGUAUAAUAUGGGGGGUGUGAAGAGAAAAGAAGAUCUAAGUGAUGAAGAUGAUGAGAAGAUAUCAAAGGAUUUUGAAGGAUUAUCAAUGGAAUAAAUGAUGGCUAAAUUAAGUAAGUUAGGGAAUAAAUAAUGUUUCUGUAAUUCAGGGAAGAAAUAUAAGAAAUGCCAUUAUUAUAUACAUUAGAGAAUUAAAUAAUAAGAAGAUGAAGAGAGAAGAAAAGGAAUUAAAAAAAAUUGAUAAUAUU